GGUGGUGUUUUAGUGAAUCUGCUGACAAAAUAUUCGCAGAUAUGUCCGGUUUGCUCACCUGGGGAAUGGGGCUAGUUGGGGAGUGGGUUUCCACCUUUCUGCUGGUUCUGUUCACCGCUAUCCUUGUCCUCAGCGUAGCUGGAGGGCGACCCAAAAACUUUCCUCCUGGACUGAUGAUCUUACCUGUUGUGGGUUCCCUCCUGUCCAUGCCACUAGGGCCUAGCGUGGAGGUGUUGCGUGGCCUGAAGAAAAAAUAUGGCGACAUAGCAAGCUUCGCAAUAUUCGGCACAAGGUAAUACACGUACGGUCACAUGCGUUAACACAAUUUUUUUU